AUGCCUGAUGUUACGCACCGUCUCUGCGCUUGGCAUCUCAAUACAAAUGCUUCGAAAAAGGUUAAAGAUCCGAUCUUCUUAAAAACAUUUAAGGAUCUCAUGUACAACUACUACGAGGAGGAAGAAUUUGAAGCAAGAUGGUUAGACGUCAUCCAAACCCAACAACUACCAGAUAAUGAAUGGUGUCAAACAACAUUCGAGUCAAGACAACAAUGGGCAGAAACGUAUUUAAGGGGUUCAUUCGUUGCAGGAAUGAGAACCACACAACGUUGCGAAUCCAUCAACUCCGCUCUAAAAAAAUUUUUAGAGAAGAAUUAUUGCUUGCGUGAAUUUAGCAAGAAGGAGAGUGGCAGAUAUUCACCAUUGGAAAGUUCCAACAUCCGGACGUCCAAUACCGAGUUCAUUACUGUGACGGCCGACGAGCACCGCACCGUAGUUGCUUGCUCUAUGAAAGUCAAGUGGUACCCUUGUAGACAUUUACGGGCUACAAUGAAAAGAUUAAACAUGAGAAGAAUACCUAAUUCUCUUCUCAUGAAGCGAUGGAGCAAAUCCGCAAAGAUAAAUCUCCACCUACAUUUUAACCCGCCAGCACAACCACAACAGCACAUUUACGAGAUGGCUAGGUUUGGAUCUCUCAGUUCACUGACUUAUAACUUCACUUUCUAUGCAGCGAAAUCAGAGGACUCGUACAACCGUGCAAAGGAAGAGCUUGAACGGCUAACUCUAAUGUUCAAGGAAGAAUUUGACUUGAAUUCCAAUCCGGAAGGAGAGACGCCACAACCUGGAAGAUAUCGUAGCAACCCCAACAUUAUUAAAGACCCCGAAGUUGUGAGAACAAAGGGUACGGGAAAUACAAGGGAAGGACCAAACGGGGAGCAGAUCCCAAGAAACUCAAGACAUUGUCGCAUUUGUCGCUCAUCAGACCAUGAUUAUCGACGGUGCCCAAAUCGUCAACAUAACACUGGAUCUCAGGGGCAACAACCUCCAAACAAUCAACCAGCAUCUGACUCAUUCAAUGACCACUCCAACGCGUAUUUCCCGGAACCGCCUUCCUCCACACAAGAGUCUUACUAUGGUCAUUCUUAUAACUAG